AUAGAGAAGAGUGAAGAUGCAAAAAUACCCAACGUUGAAUCAAAAUUAAGAGUUUGAUAGAAGUAUAACAAUCUCAAAUAUGAAUUUGAGUCAUAUGGGAUAUAAAAAUGUGGAAGGGAAGGUAGUAUAAUGUGCAUAGAUUUAGAAUUUGUUUGAGAGAGUAAAGGGAUUUUAGAAUUUGAUGGGACCAUUGAGACAACAGAAGAUAAUUCUUUACGAGAGGAGAAAUAUGUCACCCCCUGCUCAGGAAUGUUAUGGUAGGAAAUAAGUUUAAAAAUAGGAAUGGAUGAUUAUGGAGAUAUAUUUUACGGAAUCAACUUUGCAUCUGCUGAUUACUUGGGACUGUGCACAAAUGAAUAAGCAAAAGUAUUGAGUUUAAAAUAAUUUAAGGAAGCUGCAAUGAAUGCCGCUAAGGAAUACUCAGUAAAUUCUUGUGGAGCACCUUUAGCAUUUGGUGCAUCUAAAUACUAUAUGUAGUUAAAGGAGGAGUUGAAGGAUUACUGGGGAAUGAACGAAGUAAUACUUUACAGCGCUGGCUGGUUAGCUGGAUUUGGAGUGAUUAAAGGUUUGAUAAGGUAUUUGAAUUGAAUGAAAAAUAGACCUUAUGACUUUGUGGUAAUGGAUGAAUUAUGCCACAAUUGUCUCACCGAAGGAGCAUUUGCAGCCACAAAGAAUGUGUCAAGAGUUCCACAUUUGAGUUUGGAAGCAAUGGAGAAAAAAGUUUCAGAAAUCAGAACUGCAAAUCCUGAUGCCUGUAUUCUAGUAGUUACCGAGGGUUUGUUCAGUAUGGAUAGUGAUUACACUGAUUUGGUGGCUCUAUAAAAAUUAACAAUGAAGUAUGAGGCUUUUUUGUUGAUUGAUUGUGCUCACGAUUUCGGAUGUAUGGGCAAGACUGGUAAUCAGUUAAAUUUAUGAAUGUAUAGGCAAGGGAGUCUUUGAAUUGCAAGGAUUACAAGAUUUCUCUAAUGUGUUAUUAAUGUCUGGAGGAUCAAAAUGUUUAUCUACAAAUGUUGGAUGGGUUGCCUGCAAUUCAUACGAAGUCAUAGAUUAUCUUAAGUUCUUCUCAUCUGCCUACAUGUUUACUAACUCAGUGAAUCCAGUUCAAUGCGCUACAGCUCUGGCUCAAUUAAGAAUACUCAACAGUGAAGUGGGCAGUAGAUUAAGAGUUAAGGUUUUGGAGAAUUAUCAUUACAUGAAAAAAGAACUCAAUGCAAGAGGUUACCAGAUUAUUGGAUACCCAUCUCCAAUUUUACCUUUGUUGAUUGGCAACGAAUUGGUUUGCAGAGUAGUCACAAGACUCAUGAUUGAUGAAGGAAUUCAUUGUAAUGGAAUUGAAUAUCCUAUUGUGAAAAUGGGAUAGGCCAGAUUGAGAGUCAAUUUGUAACCCUAGCACACCAAAGAGUAUUCAUUCUUAUAAUAAAUUUAGACAUAUGGACACUUUCAUUGAAACAUUCCAUUUCUGCUUUGUAAAAGCAACCUAAAUUGUAUAAGAGUCCCUAGAAAAAUAUCAAUUAGCUUUGGAACAAUAAGAACAAACAUAAAAAGCAAAAGACAAUCAGAAUAAAGCUAAUUUCAAUGAUAAUAGAAUGGAACUCAAAAAACCAAAUUUAUGA